GCUGUUUGCUUCCACGCCUAGUAUGCCUUGCGAUUCGGAUAUCCAGCCAUGUUCUCUCACCGGCCUCAUAGCCAACCACAGCUGACCCGUAUAUUUCUCUUGAUCCGUUGUAUAUCCGGUUUUAUUUCCUUGCUCAGGUGUGGCAGUGAGCUCUCAACCCUGUAAUGCAAUGGAACAUGAGAAGAAGCAAAUCAUCCACCAUCAUCUUGAGCCGUCUCGCAGAGUGCACUUACUUGCGCGGAGACGCGUCAUUCGGGGACGCUACUCACUGUUCGCUUCUGGACGCAUUCCACGUCUCAAUGGGCCACCUGCCUGUGUAGGUAUACCGAUCGGAGGGCAGAAGCUCGCAAGGCGCCUGAUAUCUAGGGCCUUCAAGCUAAGCAUCCCGCCGCUUGAUCGCCUGAGGCACCAAAUCCGAUAUGGUUUUUGAGAUGCGACUUUUAUGCCCGAGAGAGGUAGCGCAUGCGGCUGGUCACCAAGUAAAUCACUACAGCCGCCACACCACUUGACGCCAAAUCAACGAUGCCGCCUCGGCUGCCAUUAUGGCAGGCGGCCAGGCGCUGCAGAGGACUAAUUGGCUCCGCCCCGGCCGUCCUAGCCCCGAUAUCCCAGGCCGCCGUGCCACAGCCCUCACCCACAUCCCUCGCCUCCGUCUUCGGCGCACUCUCACUACAGACCCGCCACGCCUCCAUUCUGGCCGAUCUUAGGGACAAUGAAGGCGCCUACAACAAGCGCAAACGUGUCGGGCGUGGCCCUUCGUCUGGCUUUGGCAAAACAUCCGGCCGAGGCCAGAAGGGCCGGAAGGCCCGUGGAAACGUCAGGCCAUGGUUCCAGGGUGGUCAGACCCCGUUGAUGGUUACCUGGGGUCGGAAGGGCUUUGUGAACCACCGAGCUCCCGAGCUUACGGAGCUCAACCUCGACCGGCUACAGGAGUGGAUUGACGCCGGACGCAUAGAUGCUACGAAGCAGAUCACCCCGCGCGAGCUCGUACGGUCGGGCCUGGUCGGGAAGGUGGAAGACGGCAUCAAGAUCCUCGCGCGGGGCGCCGAGGCCUUCCGGACGCCCGUCGACAUCGUGGCGUCGCGCGUGUCGGGCGCCGCGGUGGCGGCCAUCGAGGGGGCGGGCGGCAAGGUGACUACGCGCUACUACACGAGAGACUCGAUCCAGCGACUGCUGCGCGACCAGGCGGUGCACACUCUCCAGCCGCUGCCUACGGGCCCGGAGCACGUGGAUCGGGUGCUGGCCGAGCGCAAGGACCUGCCGACCAGCAUCGUCCGCAUGCCGGACCCGACGAGCCGCCGCGAUAUCGAGUACUACCGUGACCCAGCCCACAGGGGCUACCUCAGCCACACACUCGCUCCCGGCGAGUCACCCAGCUUGUACUUCAAGGUGCCCUUGGAAAGGAGGGUAGUCAGCAAGGCCAAGCUAGAGCGCGACAAGGCCAAGAAUAUGACGGAUCCGAAGCUUUGGUAGAGAAUGAAAACACCUGGGGUCCUGUCCAUUUGUCUGUGGUAGGAGGAUCAAGCGCCCAAGUUGCUAAUCAUGUAAAUCUAUAUGUGCCAUGUAAUAUGUCUGACUCUGAUGAGAGCGCCACAUGUGUGUUUCUAAUUUUCUCUCGGGGAUUUCUGUUUCUGCCAAAAGUCAAAAUCCGACACCUCGCGGCAACACUUGCCGUCAGUGGCCUAACCCUACCGCUCCUCCCGAUGGCUCGAGUCUAUCCUAGGUAUGGCUAUCGGUGGGUAGAAAGCUUCAUUACCUCUUUAUCUGUAUGGCGAACAGGUGGAACGAUACGGCGAUGCCCUCGUCUCAUGUUGAAAUUCAAACAUUUUUUACCCUUCC